UUUUCACCGGGAUGAUAAAAUCGAUUUUAAGCCGCUGGUUGAUGAGGGAAUGCACUUAUCUAGCUAGGGUUUUCAAUCUCUCGGAUUAUGCGUCUUUCUUUGAUCCACUUCAUCUUCGGGGAUAUGCAAGAAGGAUUAAGAAGGCGAGCAGUGGCCUUCACGAAUUUUUUGAUAAAAUGAUAAAUGAAUACCAACAAGGGACUAACAUGGAUGAACAAAAACCUUAUACAGGUUUCUUUCAAGUGAUGGUUUCCUUGUUGGGUACACCCAUGAACCCUAACGAUGAAGAUCAACCCUACAUCGUUGGUAGAGAAAACAUCAAGGCGAUAAUGCUGGACAUGGUGGUAGCUUCCUUUGACACUAUAACCACAGCCAUUGAGUGGACGCUUUCAGAACUUCUACGGCAUCCUUGAGACAUGGUUGCUCUCCAGAAAGAGCUAGAAAGUGUUGUUGGAAGGAAUAGAAUGGUACAAGAGUCGAACCUACCGAAGCUUGCUUAUUUGGAUAUGGUCAUCAAAGAGAGUUUCAGGUUGCAUCCUGUGGCGCUGUUGUUAGUCCCGCACGAGUCGACCGAAGAUGUCACCGUUAAUGGAUAUACCUAAGAAGUCACGGCUUUUGGUGAACACUUGGUCCAUGGGGCGAAACCCCAAGAUAUGGUCGGGCAAUGUCAAAGAGUUCUUUCCAGAAAGAUUCAAGGAUAGCAAGAUAGACCUUCGAGGGCAUGAUUUCGGAACUGGUCACAGAGCAUGCCCUGGAAUGCAAUUAGGCCUAACCAGCAUCCGUCUAAUUUUAGCUUAAUUAGUCCAUUGUUUUGAUUGGGAGUUGCCUAACAGAAUGUUGCCUAAUAAACUCGACAUGACUGAGA